GACUUUGCCCCCCGCCAGGGCUGCAGGCAGUUGGACGCUCCUGUGGGGUUGACUGAAGCAGCGAAUGUGUAGGAGGCCUGAGACCCGCGCGUGAAGAUGUGGAACCCACUUCAAGACCCCGACUCGGCGGGGGUCGCCGGGCACAGGCAGCGCUGGUUGUGUGCUGGGGCGCUGGCAGCCGCCGCCAGCCUCUUCAUCCUUGGCUUCCUCCUCGGGUGGUUUAUAAAACCUUCCAAUGAAGCUACUAGCAUUAUUCCUCCUCAUGGCAUGUGGAAGGCAUUUUUGGAUGAAUUGAAAGCUGAGAACAUCAAGACGUUCUUAUAUAAUUUUACACGGAUACCACAUUUAGCAGGGACAGAACAAAACUUUGAGCUUGCAAAGCAAAUUCAGUCCCAGUGGAAAGACUUUGGCUUGGAUUCUGUGGAGUUAGCUCAUUAUGAUGUCCUGUUGUCCUACCCAAACAAGACUCAUCCCAACUAUGUCUCAGUCAUUGAUGAAGAAGAAAAUGAGGUUUUCAACACCUCCUUAUCGGAACCACCUCCUCCAGGGUAUGAACAUGUCUCAGAUGUUGUUCCUCCUUUCAGUGCCUUCUCUCCACAAGGAACACCCCAGGGUGAUUUAGUUUAUGUUAACUAUGCACGAACGGAAGAUUUCUUUAAACUGGAGAGGGAAAUGAAAAUCAAUUGCUCGGGAAAGAUUGUGAUUGCCAGAUAUGGAAAAGUGUUCCGAGGAAAUAAGGUUAAAAACGCCCAGCUGGCAGGGGCCACGGGAGUGAUUCUGUACUCCGACCCUGCUGACUACGUGGCUCCCGGAGUCAGGCCUUACCCGGACGGGUGGAACCUUCCUGGAGGUGGUGUCCAGCGUGGGAACAUUCUAAAUCUGAACGGUGCGGGGGACCCUCUCACCCCGGGUUACCCGGCGAGUGAAAAUGCAUAUAGGCGUGAAGUUGCAGAUGCUGUUGGCCUCCCAAGUAUUCCUGUCCAUCCAAUUGGAUAUUAUGAUGCACAGAAACUCCUGGAACGCAUGGGCGGCUCAGCACCACCCGAUAGCAGUUGGAAGGGAAGCCUCAACGUGCCAUACAAUGUGGGGCCUGGUUUUGCUGGAAACUUCUCUACACAAAAAGUCAAGAUGCACAUCCACUCCAACAGUAAAGUGACAAGAAUUUAUAAUGUGAUUGGUACCCUACGAGGAGCAGUGGAACCAGACAGAUAUGUCAUUCUUGGAGGUCACCGGGACUCGUGGGUGUUUGGUGGCAUUGAUCCUCAAAGUGGGGCAGCUGUUGUUCAUGAAAUUGUGAGGAGCUUUGGAACCUUGGCAAAGGAAGGAUGGAGGCCAAGAAGAACAAUUUUAUUUGCAAGCUGGGAUGCAGAAGAAUUUGGUCUCUUUGGAUCUACUGAGUGGGCAGAGGAGAAUUCCAGGAUCCUUCAAGAACGUGGUGUGGCCUAUAUUAAUGCUGAUUCGUCUAUAGAAGGAAACUACACUCUAAGAGUUGAUUGUACACCACUGAUGUACAGCUUAGUAUAUAAUCUAACAAAAGAGCUACAAAGCCCUGAUGAAGACUUUGAAGGCAAGUCUCUUUAUGAGAGCUGGAGUAAAAAGAGCCCUUCACCUGAGUUCAGUGGUGUGCCCAGGAUUAGCAAGCUGGGGUCUGGAAAUGAUUUUGAAGUAUUUUUCCAAAGACUUGGAAUUGCUUCAGGCAGAGCACGGUAUACUAAAAACUGGGAAACUAACAAAUUCAGCAGCUAUCCACUGUAUCAUAGUGUCUAUGAGACAUAUGAGUUGGUGGAAAAAUUUUAUGAUCCCACAUUUAAAUAUCACCUCACAGUGGCUCAGGUUCGAGGAGGGCUGGUGUUUGCAUUGGCCAAUUCUAUCCUGCUCCCAUUUGACUGUGAAAAUUAUGCUGUAGCUUUGAAAAUGUAUGCUGACAAAAUCUACAAUAUCUCAAUGAAAUAUCCACAAGAGAUGAAGAUGUACCAUGUAUCAUUUGAUUCGCUGUUUUCUGCUGUUGAGAAUUUUACAGAAGUUGCUUCUCAGUUCAGCAAAAGACUUCAAGACAUAGACAAAAGCAACCCAAUAUUAUUGAGAAUUGUGAAUGAUCAACUGAUGUUUUUGGAACGUGCAUUCAUUGAUCCUUUAGGGUUACCAGACAGGCCUUUUUACAGGCAUAUCAUCUAUGCUCCAAGCAGCCACAACAAGUAUGCAGGAGAGUCAUUCCCAGGAAUUUACGAUGCUCUGUUUGAUAUUAACAGCAAAGCAGAUCCUUCCAAGGCCUGGAGAGAAGUAAAGAGACAGAUUUCCAUUGCAGCCUUCACAGUACAGGCUGCAGCAGGGACUUUGAGAGAAGUAGCCUGAAAGGAUUUUCAGAGAAUCCUCUGUAGUGAUUUAAGAUGGUGUAUGGAUGUAAUGAUAAACUAAAAAUAAAAGCUGUAAAUUGUG